UGCUUUUGCGUGUCUGAGAACUCAAAUUUUAGCAGCUCUUACUUAUUUUUCUAUCAACAAAAAAAAUCACUUUGACUUGACAGUACAUGAACGCUUUUCUUACACUUUUAGGGAGCCCUUUUCGAAGUUAAUGGUGAAGGCGAAACACUUUGAAAAGUAGAGAGAGAGAUAGAGGAGGGAGUAGAAACUGAAGAGUGCUUUUCACUGGGAUAAAGAAGAAUAAGUUGUAGAAGAGGAGAGACAGAGAGAUGGAUAUGAACAGUUGGUUUGAUAGAGUUAAAGAAGACCGAAAGAAUUUGAGCUUCUCCAAGACAUUUGCUUGUGCAGAUUUGUCCUCUGAAUGCAUGAGAACGUUUCCUUUCGACUUGAUGAAAAGUCUCCCAAAAGAAGACUUGGCCAACAAGAUGGUGAUAAUAGCAAAGUGUGGAAGCUCUUGGGAAGUAGACAUCUCCAAGAACCCAAGAUUCUACUACAUGGAGAAGUCUGGGUGGAACCAGUUUGUGAGAGACAACGCCUUGGGCAAAAACGAGUUUGUCACCUUUACUCACAAAGGAUCGAUGUGCUUCGACGUGAACAUCUACGGGAAAGAUGAGAAGGAGAUUGUCAGACCACCAAUAAUGGCUUCUUCUAGUAAGGCUUUUCUUUACUUCCCCAUUUAAUCGCUAGUUGAUAUUUUCUAUGUUUUGUCAUUACUCACACGAUAUCGACAUAUAUACCCUUCAUCAUUCAACUACUUUAACUAAAAAAUUUAGAAGAACAUAAAUAGAAUUUGAUAUAAAUAGUCAAAUCAAUAAUAUUUAUUUUUCACAAAUAUUAUCAUAUACCAAAUAUGAGAAGGAGGAGAUAAAAUAACAAAAGUAUAAUGAUAAAAUGAUUGUACAUUCUUUAGAACAAAUUGAAUACCUUGAUAGAUGCCAUUGGAAAUCUGUGGACAGCAUUGCCAGUGGAUAUCCCGAAUGAGCAAACGAUGUUCUGGUGGUGAUAUGUGAAUAUCUCUCACUGUUCUUUUUUUUCAGACAAUCCCAAAUCUUUUUAAGAAGCAUAUCCCGAAUGAGCAAACGAUGUUCACCAUACACUCGAAAGGUAGCGGUUGUGGUUCGUGGGAGGUGUGGUGCUUGGUGAGGGAGGCUCAAGCAACCUUCUCAAGAGGAUGGAGUAAAUUUGCAAGAGAGUACCCUAUAGAGAUUGGUGACAAGUGCACCUUACAGCUCAUCAAACCCAACGAGUGUGUCCUCACUAUCUCCAACAAGGCCAAAGAGGAGGAGAUCACUGUCAUUGAUUGAUUGAUGAAAUCAUUAUGUUUAAGUGUCUUUGACUUCUUAUUAUCUAUGGAGAGACAAUAAACUUUAGCUAAUCUGUGUUUCUUUCUUUCUUGCUUGUGUUUGUUUCCUCCACACUUUUCUCUAUCUAUCUGCUCAUGAAACUUUUCUAUAUAUAUUUUGCAAGUCGAUGUUUCCCCC